AUGGCUGUUCGUGUUAUACAGAUAAUUCGAGAAAGAUCAAUACCAAGAGAUUUGGCCAAGGACCAGCUGGUUGUUAUCCUUGUAAAAUAUAAUGAUUGGGAUCUUGAGAAGUUAACUACACGUGUUCAUUUAUCAUUAGCUGAAAAAGUUCAAUUAAUAGAAGAUUGGAAUCAAAAUCCAUCGCGGACAAUUCUUGCAUCUAAAUAUGAUUUAUUUGAGAAGACUAAAAGUUAUAAAUUGUUACAAUUAUCAGAAAAGAUAGAGUUGAUAGAAGAUUGGGAAAACGAUCCAAAUAUAGGAAUAAAUAAUCUCGCUUUAAAAUAUGGCAUUCACCGAUGUACAGUUCAUAGAAUUAUUAAAAAGAGAGACUUCCAUAAGAAACAAUAUCAAGAAGAAAACUUGUUUAACAAGAAAGAAAUGAGUAUUGAAGAGAAAAUCCAACUGAUUGAUGAGAGAGAGGGAUAUAAUCCACCUAAAAUUGAUGAGUUGGCUUUGAAAUAUAAAAUCUCUACCAGAACAGUGUCUAGGAUAUUGAAACAUAGGCCAGUUCAGAUUUUAAGUUGCCGUCAAUAUAAUGAGCUGUCUCUAGAUUCAAAGAUCAAGUUAAUUGAAGAAUUUGAGAGUUCUUUAAGGCCGUCGACUUUGGAAUUAUCAAAUAAAUAUGGUAUUGGACAGCAAUUUUUGGUUCGUAAACGACUGCCUGUAGAAGAUAAACUAAAAGUUAUUGAAAUGAUGGAAACUGACCCACGACCUCCAGUGAAGGUCAUUAUGGCAGAAUUUGCUCUGUUAAAUACACGCCAAUACAAAGAAUUACCAUUGGAAACUAAAGUUCGAUUGAUUAAAGCUUCAGAACAGGAUCCUAAACCAUCAAUUCGUCAACUAGCAGAUGAAUUCGACGUCCAAACUAAAACUGCGUAUAAUAUCGUUAGGAAAAAAGACAAGUACCUGGCUGAUUUUGAAAAACGUCAAAAUUUUAUGAAAAAUAGAUAA